GUGGCCUAGAACUUGAUGGCCUCUUGCUUUGUAAAAUGCCAAGGAUAUUUUCUAUACGGUCUGUGCAGUGUGUCUACCUUCCCCGGCUGUGAGCUCUUCCAGGACAGGCAUGACAUCGCCUAUCUUUUUUAUCAAGUGGCCUAUGUGUGCAGUGACUAUUGCUCGCACGGCAGUGCCCUUCGGAACUUAGCCUUAAAAAUGAAUCCCGUUGUUUCACAGCCAGGAUAUGGGACCGGGGGUGUGAUGCAUAGUGACUGGCAAUCUGGUGUAUUUGACUGCUGUGAUGACCUGGGGAUUUGCCUCUGUGGGACCUUCUUUCCCCUAUGCCUUUCCUGUCAGAUCGCCUCUGACAUGAACGAAUGCUGUCUGUGCGGAGCGAGUGUCGCCAUGAGGACCUUGUAUCGGACGCGAUAUGGCAUCCCGGGAUCUAUUUGCAGUGAUUUCCUAUGGCUGGGAUGUUUCCCUCAUUGCACCCUUUGCCAACUCAAGCGAGAUAUUGAGAAAAGAAAAGCAAUGAAUGCUUUCUAAAAAGGGCUUACAACUUGGUCAUAUUCACAAUGUGGUGAAAGAAAUGCUGGAAUGACACACUGCACCUGCUGUGCUAUCUCACUCCAAAUCUGAGAAACUAAUUCAACUAAUCAUAUGGCUUCCAAUGGCUUCAAGACCUUUUUAAUAUCCAGUUUAUUGAAAAAGAAGUAUAUUUCCCAUGCUGUUCUCUAAAAUGACUGCUAUUAAAAAUGAACAUCCUCCACA